AUGAACGGCAACGGCGAAGACCCCCAGGAGCGGCCCGAGCAAAUCCGGGGCAUCAUAAACGGGCUUGAACGGUACAACCCCCAGGCCGCCGAGGUCCUCGAGGCCUACCUUCAACAGCAAUGCGAGGAGAAAUUCUGUGACAGCAACGCCAACCGGGCGCUCCUGAAGCUGUACCAACUCAAUCCCGACAAGAUUAAGGAUGAAGUGAUCACCAAUAUCCUCGUCAAGGCAAUGACACAAUUUCCCUCGCCACAGUUCGAUCUAUCCCUCCACCUCCUCUCGCCAUCACACUCCAACCCAGGGCCCAACUCAUCCUCAGACCUCUCCGAGGCCGUAGCGAAACUGCGAGCGCUCAACUCGCAGCUUGAGGGCGCGCAGUAUGCCCGCUUCUGGGCCACCCUCGAUAGCGACGAUAUCUACGCCGACUUGACGACCGAUAUUGCGGGUUUCGAGGAAAUGAUCCGGGUCCGCAUCGCUCAGCUCGUUAGCCAAGCAUAUCGUGAGGUGCAGACAUCAGUUCUUGAAGGCUGGCUCGGUCUAGACGGAGAAGAGGAAGUGCACAAGUUCGUCAUUGAGACGUGCGGCUGGAAGGUCGCUGAAGGUGGCAUCGUGCAGGUACCUAGGAACGCCGAGAACGAGGCCAAGAAGACUGAGAUUCGCGAAGACGUUACGGUGGAUAUGUUUAGCCGUGUCAUCAAGCGGUCAUGGGAGGACAAUGCGUAA